CCCGUACCGAGUGGAGUGUUGUUAGACCAGCUUUCCUCCCGAUUGCGUGUUCGUGUUUUGAGAACCAGAUUAAAAAUAAGUGUCACUUCCAAAACAUAAAACUUUAAAUAGCCAUGUAACCAGAUGAAGUAAGAUGCUACAGGCAAGAAUGUAUUGUCCAAUGCUACUCGUGUUGCUAAGCUAUGUCUCGCCCUCGGACAACCUUGGUCCUUUACUCCAAGACAAGGUAUUCAACACGCCCUCUAAGGCGGGGCUGGGGACCUCUCAACAUUCUGGCUUCCCUGGACAGCACGGGGCCAAUGACCGGAUAAAUCGGUGGAUGCUACAAGAAACAUCCACACUUCCAAGUCUAGAGGAGCAGAAGAUAAGUUUUGAAUAUUUCCUGAACCAGCUGGAAGACAGUACAGAUUUAUAUUCUAAUAAAGUGAAUAAAAUCAGUGCAAACGACGAAACAACUUUUAGACCAAGUCAAUAUGAGGAGAAGUCAAAAGAAAACAACAACUAUAAAGUUGAUCAUUUGACUUUUCCGGACUUUCCGAGUACUCGUAGAAAACCCACGUUUGAGAACUCGGAAAACUCAAAUAAAAACGGAAAACUUCCUGAGACAGUUAGCAGCCGAUCAUUAAACAGUUUGUUUGAGCCGAGUGUUGUAAGAAACGGUCGCUCCUCAAUUAGUUCACAGUCAUCCUUAUUAUUAAUAAAUUCGUUAAAACGCAUCGCCAGAGAGACAGUCGAGGCACCGACAAGAGAAGAGUUAAAUUGCCAAAGUACACAAAAUCAUGAAAGGCUUGGAACAUUAAAAUCAGAUGAUAAUUUAUUCAUAUCUUCACUUAGACACACUUUUAUUCCCACGUCCCAUUUACGUAGCUCAAUGGACGCUAAUCCAAAUAAGAAUCGUACACCUCUUGUAAUAGAAGAAAAAGAACCGAUACAGAAUAAAGAUGUCCUUGAAAGCUCAUCAAGUACGAAGAGAAUUUAUCUUUUUAAAAAUUCCAAAGUAUGUUCAAUUUCUGACCUUAAAGAAUCACCCGAGUUCUCACCCUCUCCAGUAGACAACAUGAUUCAGAAAGACUUCCUCCGGAGAGGAAAACGGGAGGCGACCAAGGUCAACUUUAAACCGUCAACGCCGGACCCUGUCAGCUUCCUUCCGGACUGGGCAGAAUUCGCAGCUGACUCAAGCUCCGUGAAAGGUGGCUGGCCGGUACGGCGGGUCUGUGAGUUGCCCGGGGAGCUUCUUCUCGGCGGACUGGUCAUGGUGCAUGAGCGUUCAGACACUGUCACCUGUGGUCCAGUCAUGCCCCAAGGAGGCAUUCAGGCGCUGGAAACGAUGCUAUAUACUCUUGACGUGAUCAACAGUCGACACCAACUCCCCUUCACCUUGGGAGCGCACAUCCUGGACGAUUGUGACAAGGACACGUAUGGUUUGGAGAUGGCCGUCGACUUCAUCAAAGGUUCCAUCAGUAACAUAGACGACGCAGAAUAUCACUGUAACAAGACUCAGGUGCGGAAGGUGAUCUCUGGUGUGGUGGGAGCAGCGUCCAGUGUCACCUCCAUCCAGGUGGCCAACCUGUUGCGGCUCUUCAAGAUUCCGCAGGUUUCCUACUGGUCCACGAGUCCAGAGCUGAGCAACAAGCAAAGGUUCGAGUACUUCUCCCGCACCAUACCCUCGGACCAUCACCAGGCCCAGGCGAUGGUGGAGCUGGUGAAGAGGCUGGGCUGGAGUUACGUCAGCAUCAUAUACGAGGAGUCAAACUACGGGAUCAAGGCAUUUGAAGAAUUAGAACAGUUGUUGGCGAAAGCAGGUGUUUGCAUUGCUGUGAAGGAGAAGCUCGCAAAGGACUCCGGGGUAGCGGAAGAUAGAGCAUACGAUAACGUUGUACUCAAGUUGCAGACAAAGCCGAGGGCAAGAGGUGCAAUAGUGUUCGCGUCUGACCAAGAGGUGGCAGGACUGAUGCGUGCUGUGAGAAGAUGUAACGCCACCGGAAGUUUCUCCUGGAUAGGAAGUGACGGUUGGAGUGCGAGAUCCUUGGUGUCGGAGGGGAGUGAGCCCGAGGUGGAAGGAACUUUGUCAGUGCAACCUCAAGCCAAUCCCGUCACAGGCUUUGACCAAUACUUUCUCAAUCUUACCGUGGAAAAUAAUCGACGGAAUCCUUGGUUUGUUGAGUUUUGGGAAGACCAUUUCCAGUGUCGCUACCCUGGCAGCCCGGCCACCCCCUACAACCAGCGGUACUCCCGCAACUGUGGCCCCCAGGACCGCCUCACGAGAGAUAACACAGCGUUCGAGAAUCAGUUGCAGUUUGUAAGCGAUGCCGUGAUGUCGUUGGCCGUAGCACUGGGGGACAUGCACGCGGCUCUGUGUAAGACUGGACCUCUAUGUGCCGCCAUGACACCCACGUCCGGGUCCGAUCUACUCAGGUUCCUUCGCCGAGUCAACUUCAAGGGAUUGUCUGGAGAUAAGUUUCACUUCGACUCCAGUGGAGACGGCCCGGCACGAUAUAACAUCAUCCACUUCAAACAGACCCAGCCAGGAACGUUCCAGUGGGUCCAUGUCGGGGAGUACGUGGAGGGAGAGCUCCGUCUCAACAUGUCAGAGAUCCAGUUCAACAUGUUGCAACCCCAGCCUCCGGAGUCGGUCUGCAGUCUACCCUGUGAACUAGGUCAGGCCAAAACGUACGUGGAGGGAGAGAGUUGUUGCUGGCAUUGUUUCAACUGCACCGCCUACCAGACAGAGGAAAAACUGAUUUCGUUAGUGCGCGAUAAAGCGACAUUAUGGGACCAAAGGGAUAAGUUUUAUCACAAUCGGGACUUCCGAUCAAAGUUAUGGGAAGAAGUAGCCAAGGAACUGAAUGUCCAAGGAGACGAAGCACGGAAGACGUGGGAGCACUUGAGAGAUACGUUCAGGAAGAAAGUAAAAGAAAACAAAUCUGGUUCCGGAGCAAAACCAACAUGGACCUACUUUGAAUCUUUAACUUUCUUAUUGCCUGUAAUGAAGCCACGAGUGACAACUGGAAAUCUCCCUGUCUCUGAUACGCCUGUCAACACUCUUCUAGAAUCUGAGGAUUAUGCCGAUUUAACAGAACAUGAUGAGACGUCUACUCUAAAUAUCGACGAACCUGAUGAGUCACCAAAUGUAGAACGAGCUCAACGAUCCGAUAACACGUCCACACCUAGUCCUACUCCAGUGAACAACGAGUUUCAGCGUCCUCGGCAAAAGAGAAAGCGAGGAUCGACAAUACAAAACGAGGCUCUUAAUUUGGAAAAAAGGAAAGUCCAGCUACUGGAAGCUCGGUUUGCUGUCCAAAAAUCCAGCUCAAUGGAGGAAGAGGAUGAAGACUUAUCGUUUUUUAAAAGUUUGCUGCCUGCACUGAAGAAGCUACCAUACCUUCGAAAAAUGAAAUUGAAAGCUUCAAUCUUCAAUAGCGUCAUCGCUGAGCUCGAAGCAGAAGAAAGAUGCAACAGGCCAUACCAAUCCGGAAGUAUGUGGGGUCAUCUCCUGUUUCUCACUUUUGUAAAUAACCUAGAUAAAGUCAAUUUUGUCGGGAACCGGGCGUUCUUUUACGCCGACGACACGGCUUUGUUGUUUGAGGGGAGCAACUGGGAGGAAGCUUUGGGCCUGGCGGAGCGUGGAACUUAA